UAUAAUGAUUGACUCACUGACAAAUAGACUAUCCACUAAUUUGAAUGACAGACUGACACUGACUAAAUCGACUUACUAAAUCAACGAAUAACAGAAAGAGAGAAAGAGAGAAAGAGAGAAAGAGAGACGGUGUUAACAAGCGGACAGAUAAAGUAAGCCGAGUAAGAGAAACAAACGAAUUUGUGCAACUGUUAGGUGAAAGAAAGCUUGAUCGUAAAACGGACCCAGUUGUCGGUGAAACAACAAACCAAGAGAGCGAACAAGUAGGAACAGGAACUUGUCACCAGCCAUCAGAAAAGCUAAUCGUCGUGCAUAGUAAGCUGACGCCCCCGUAGCUUUGCCAGAAAAAGUAUAAAGUAGUCGAUCAGCAGUGUUGCCCAGUCAAAGACGUUGUGGAAUUCCAGACAGUUCGUUUUCAAGCCGAAGAUAACAGACACUUCUAAGAAAGCAGAUCAUUGGGAUUUGAUCCUCAUUAUAAAGCAAACAAUGGACUGUCGAUUAAUUGCAUUAGUUAGUGUUUGUCUCUUCCUGCUGACGUCACCAGCUCUAUCAGCACCAGCAGCAGAUGCCAGAAGCCAUCUUGAACAGAUGUUAUCUCCGAGUAAAGAUGUACCGUUAAGCAAACGACCCAAAUAUAUGGAUACUCGGGAUCCACAAGAUAUCUUCAAGGACCUUGUUUAUCUAACUUUGCAGCAGCUGGUUUCAGAGGGUAAGGUCACCCCAGACGUAAUGACCGGCGCUGACAUUGGUGUUCCAGGCAAGAGAGGUCACCAGGGACUGUGUCUUAGACGUACCGCCAGUCAGAGAUUCAUCGCUUAUCCCUGCUGGCAGUCAGGAAGCAAAUAAAUGCUCGGCAAUCGGAAACGUUUCAGCCAGGAAGACACAGCCCCUCUCCUCAUCGCAAUGACGUUAUCGUCUAUCUUUCACCAAUGGUCUGAUCUCCAUUUACUCUCAGGCUACAAAAAGUCAUUCAUUGACUCUUUCUCUCUCUCGACCUUCCUACCUCUCUAGCUCUUUUCCUAUCUCUCUAUCUAAAUCUAUCUCUCCCUCUCUAUGCGUAUCGAUAUACACUAUAUAUAUAUAUAUAUAUA